AUGUUUCUUGGUCUAAAGUCUGAUGUGUUUCUUGGUCUAAAGUCUGAUGUGUUUCUUGGGCUGAAGUCUGAUGUGUUUCUUGGUCUAAAGUCUGAUGUGUUUCUUGGGCUAAAGUCACUGCAGUCUGCCGUGAUGGCUCUGAAGCCCGAGUUGCCGAUUCCACAGCCUGAUGCGACAUUUCAGUCUGGUUGUGAUCCUGGUCGCGGAAUACAUGCCUUAUAUGAAGCUCUGUACAAGGAUCCAGUCAAGGUGGCUGUAAUUGGUGACCCCUUAUCUCCGGUUAGCGAAGCCACCGGUCAAGUGAUCCAUUUCUGGAAUGUUAUUAUGUGUGCCGCCGGUGCCGCCUCGCCAAAUCUGUCAAACAAGAAGAAAUAUCCCUGGUUCUUUCGUACUAUCGGUUCGCAAAAUGCUCAGAAUCCAACGUACGUUGAGAUCAUACAGACCUACGGGUGGACUAGGGUGGCGUGCAUUCACGAGUCGGUCGGACUUUUCUCUUCGGCAAUGGAGGAUGUGAUACCGAAGCUGGAAGCAGCUAAUAUUACUAUCAUCACUAGUGAGAUAUUUACAGAUAAUCCCGUUCAGCAGAUCGCAAACAUCAAGAGACAUGACGGAAGAAUUAUCAUUGGGUUUUUCUACGAGGACAUGGCCGUCAAGGUUUUCUGCGAGGCCUACAAAGCGGGAAUCUACGGAGCACACUACCAGUGGUUAAUUACUGGAUUCUACAGCAAGAAUUGGUGGCUGAUAGACACACCACGACACGGAUGCUUACCCGACCAGAUCGCCGCGGCAGUCGUCGGAGUAUUGACGUUUGCUCCAUCAUGGAAGAAUCCAACUCGAGUGGUCGGGAUAUCGGGCUUGACAACGACCGAGGUGUUUUCCGAGUACGAGCUACGUUCUCGUGGACGGCAACUCUUCGCUGGCCACCAGAUCGGGCUAUGCUAUGAUGCUGUGUGGAUAGUUGCUCUGAUGCUCAAUCGAUCGCAGCAGAUCUUCGAAGAGAAAGGAUUUGGACGAGGAUUAGAGGACUUUCACUACAGCGACAAGGAAAUGGCCCACGUCAUGUUUGAUGUUAUGACGAAAGUUGAGGGCUGGGGAGUGCGUGGAUACCUUAAAUUUGACGAAAAUCACGAUAUCCCUGAAACAGUCCAGAUUCGGCAGGUUCAAGCUGACAGGAAAUGGCGGACCGUGGGCUAUUAUUUGCCCCAGGUCGGUGAGACACCAGCCCGAAUGAGGUGGUUGGAAGGUUCACCAAUUAUAUGGCAAGGAGGCGGUCCCCCAAAAGAUUCCGUAUUGCGUAUUCUGAUUGUACAGAAAGUAAAUCCGCUCAUUUACGGCGUCAUGUGCGCUCUAGCAACGACUGGAAUCCUUCUUGCCUUUCUCUUUCUGACGUGUAACGCCAAGUACAGGAAGCACAGUGUUAUGAAGGCAUCGUCACCAACUAUGAAUGGCAUCAUAUUGUUUGGUUGCAUUCUGUCGUAUUCGGCUAUCUAUUUCGAGUUUACGCAUGCCGACGACCACAAAGAGAUGCUCUGUAAGCUGUCGAUAUGGACGUUGACGAUAGGCUCGGGCAUGGCACUUAGUUCACUCUUUCUAAAAGCAUGGAGAAUUUAUUACGUUUUCACCAAUGUGAAUCUGCAGAAGCGGGUUAUCACGGAUAAAAAAUUAAUUGCGGCGGUGGUUGCGGUUACGGCAGUUAACAUGCUCGUGCUGUGUACGUGGGAAGCGGUUGAUCCACUGAGCGUAACCGUCUACAACGCUACUGUGCUAGUAUCCGAAGAAAAUUACGAUGUGAAUGUCAUAAAUCAAGUACAGGUGUGCAAGUCAGCCAGUGAGGCGUAUUUUCUAGGACCGGCUUACGCCAUUCAGAGUCUGCUGCUUGCGUUUGGAACUUUCAUCGCGUACGAGACUAGAAAGGUGAAAGUAGAAGAGUUCAACGACUCCAAACUGAUAGCGACCUGUAUUUACAAUUACGUAAUCUUCGGUGUCGUUGGCGUCGGCGUCGUCAUGAUGAUGGGUGACAUGGCGAUACCGAGAUACGUCGUGAAGAGCGCAUGCGUCAUCUUUGCUACUACGUUGACGCAGAGCAUCAUAUUUGUACCGAAGAUCAUAGCCCGUCAUCGUACUACGAACGCAAUAGAAGUCACUCAGCACCAGGUGGCGACAGCAGCGAGUAUAGCCCCCACCAGCCAGCUCCACCAACUCCACGGCGUCAGCAACGCAACUGACAUGCAUGAGCUCAGCACCGUGAAAGAGCAAUUAGCGCAGGCGCAGACGGAAAAUAAGACGCUGAGUGAAGAAAUCCAUAGGCUCCGUAGAAUCAUAGAGGAAUCGCAGGCCUCCGAAGCGCCACACUGAAGCCGUAGCUACAAUCUAUCUAUAACUGUUUUCCGAGCGCACAGUGCACACAGUAAUAACCUCGAAUUUGUGUGCGCAGCGUCAUCCUAUAUAGAGAUAUUAACGUUGAAUGGGGUUAGUUAGUGUAUAUGUGUAUGUAUAAUUAUCAUGAUCAUUAUCAUUGAUAAUAUUUAUCCAGCAAACAUACAAAUUAAGUGAGCUUGUUACAUACAAUUGAAAACCAUUUCAACGUUUGAGUGUGGUUAAAUAUAGCAUUAAUAUUUGAUUUUGAAGAAUUCUACGCAUUAUAUUUGUCCGUCGUCUAUGAUUGGCCAUCGUACUCAGAAAUAAUUAUUUCUGACUACGAUGGCCAGCUAUAGUCGUCUAUAGACUCCCAGAAGUAUAUAAUAGCAGAGCUGGACAGAGGGAAGAGGGAGAGAUUUCUAAGCAAAAUUACAUCGAAAGAUCUAGAAUGCAUGCAGAAGCGAUAACCAUAUCGCGUGCUCGUGAAUACACAUAAUUAUAUAAACUCCUAAGGAAAGGAGCGGGCAUAUUGAUCAAGGUUUCGCUUAAGUUGCUAGCAUGUACCUAGAAUAUAGGUACCCAACUCCAUGUCGCUAAUCUGUAGUACGUCUGUGAACUGCCGUCGUAUUCUUGUAUCUAUUAGUGUAACAACCACAAAAGAACGAUAGUAAAUGUAAUGAAAACAUCACCGCUUUAGAGUUACUUAUUGCAUUUAACUUAAUAAAACUAAAUGUAUCCAGUGUCGCAUAA